GUUGUCAAUGUUAUGCCUAACCUCAAAUUUUGACGAAAAUUGGCGCUUAAACAUAAGUUGUUUAUAUUUUUUAAUAUUUCCUUUGUUCUAAGCCUUGUAUUUUAUGUUGUAAAUACUAAUUUAACACACUUUUCAAUUCCUAAACCAACACAAAUAUGAAGUGCACCAUACCCGAAAUAUCCUGGCAUAAUCGAGAUCCUGUGCUCAGUGUCGAUGUUCAUUGUGUGCACAACGAAUUUUACAAGUUAGCAUCAGGGGGUACAGAUUGCCACGUCUUAAUAUGGAGGUUAAGAAUUCGUGAAAAUGGGGCUGUCGAUAUUAAUAUUGUUUCUGAUUUAACUCGACAUCAAAAGUCUGUUAAUGUCGUACGGUGGUCUCCAACCGGUACGUAUUUAGCGACCGGUGAUGAUGAUGCCAAUAUUAUUAUUUGGAAUUUGAAAACUGAUAACAUUCCAAUGUUGGAGGAGACAAAUGACGAAGAAGUUUGGUUGGUUACAAAGAUAUUACGUGGUCACAAAGAAGAUGUGUAUGAUUUAUCAUGGUCUCCUAAUGAAAUGAAGUUAAUCUCUGGUUCAAUUGACAAUACAGCGAUUCUCUGGGAUUUUUCCAAGGGACAAACGGAGUAUAUAUUAUCUGACCAUAAGGGCUUUGUUCAGGGUGUGACUUGGGAUCCAAAAGGUGAUUUCAUCGCAACUAUUUGUAGUGAUAGAGUCUGUAGGGUAUUCGACAGCACAGGAAAACACGUCAGAGCUCGACUUCAUAAAGGUUCACUUCCGGUAACCGAAUGGAACGAAAUGCCCAAUCAAGAAAUCAAAUAUUUCCACGAUGACACAUUCAAAUCCUAUUUUAGGAGAUUAAAUUAUUCGCCGGAUGGCAACUUGUUAAUAGUUCCUUCGGGUUGUAUAGAAUCUGCCAAUGGUAAAAUGGCCAAAAAUGCUACCUAUGUUUUUGCUGUCGCAGAUUUAUCACAACCUGUGGCUGUGAUUCCCUCACCAAAACAAAUUACAAUUGCGGUUCGUUGUUGUCCCGUAUUAUUUGAAUUACGCCCCGAUGGAAGGGACACAUUGAUUAAUCUUCCCUAUAGGAUGAUCAUUGCCAUAGCUACUGAUAGUGAUGUGGUACUGUAUGACACGCAGCAAGUUGCACCAUUUGCUCAUCUCAGAAGAAUUCAUUACACUCGCAUCACAGAUUUGGCAUGGUCUUCUGACGGUCUACUCUUGGUUGCCUCUUCUACAGAUGGUUUUUGUACCUUAAUUACAUUUCAAAAAGAAGAAUUAGGUAUCCAAUAUACAAAGGAAGAAAGUGAAUCUGAAGAUUGCAUUUUGAAUGUGAGCGGAUCUGGUGAAGAGUUAGUUAAUUUGGAAAUUGAAAGUAAAAGUAAAGAAAAAGAAGAGAUAGUAGUCAAGAAACCAAACAUUUUGGAAAAGUGGACAAUUCGUACUCCUAAAGUUGACUGUGGCCUAAGUUCUACUCCAAAUGAUCACCCUAAUCAGACUAUGAAUGUUGAGACACCCCACAGUAAAAUUAUUGACACUGCAAAACCAAAACCUAAGAGAAUUGUGCCUAUACGAUUAGGAGAUUGUUCAACAAAGAAAGUGUGUGAAACAGGUGUUACACCUUCUGUAGAACUAGAGGAUAGCAGUAAAACAAAAGAUGAAGCAACUUGUUCAAGUACAAUAGUUAUAGACGAACCAUGUGAUGGUGUUAAUAAAGUUUCACCAAAAUCUUUCAGAGGUGGUAAUGAUAAGGAGGAUGAUUCUAAAAAUAAAAGUGGAAACCAUAACAUUACUCCAAAAAAGAAGAAUUCUAUUCUAAACUUCUUUCAAUUGGUUACCACUGAUUCGCGCACUGAUAAGACCGAUAGUAACGAGGACAAAAAUCACAUGGAACCCAACACAGAUCAUUGUGAUGACUCAAAUGUAAUUGAUUUGUGUGAUUCGGAUAGUAACGUAGAUGAACAAAACAAUUCCACAUUAAAAGAGACUGAAAUGGAAGCAACUUCUGCAGCUCCAGAAAAAGAAAAUGUCGCAAAUGUCGAUAAUUCUACUUUAAGUCAAGACACAGAAAUAAAAAAAAAUACACUAAAAAUUCCAAGGCGAAUACCUUUGAUCACGUUAGGAAGCCCAAAGCGAAAGAAAAAAGAAUAGCAUAAUAGACGUUUAUUUAAUUUAAUUGUAACAUCAUGUUUAUCUUAUUCUAAAUACAUUUUUAUAUUAUUA